CGUGGUUAUAUUGUCUCUGGCUGCAUUCUGUACCGGCACGCGUGAUAAUCCAAAAUUGUGAUCGUUAUUAUUAAAAAGGGAUAACUCAAAAUUGAAAAUUUAAAAAAAAUCAUGAACAUUUAUUUUCCAGACAGUUCUUUUUGAUUUUUUGAUAAAAAAUAAUCGCUGAGUUGGACAACUUGUGAAAUUUAACUAGUGAGUGUAUAAACUAAAUCCUUAUUUGGAAAUAUUACAAUUCCGGAGUGUUGUGGAAUUCUUUGAAAGAAAAGGAUAGGUAGAGGAUAGGCCACGACUCGCGGUUGAGUCCGGGAAAGUGGAUCGAGUACGUGAAACCGGGUCUCAGAAGGAAGGAAAAAUAUGAGCAUCUCGUGAAAUCGGCGGCACGUGUCUUUAGCUACUUAAGGGAAGAUGGAGACCGAGGAACUCACUAGACUCGUCGAUGGAAUUUACAAGAAUAUCCUGGAAAAAUUCAAUCCGGGAGCGAGGCAGCUGAUAAAUGCAGGGAAGGCGUAUCUCAAGGCUCUUCAUGGUGCUGCCGCCGCUUCUCGUGUCUAUGUAGAUGCUUUGUCCAGGUUAGCUCGACAGGCGCAGCUGGGCACCUGGGGUGGUUCGCAAGAUGUCGGAUCAGCUCUGAUGAGGAUCGUUGAGGUUUACAAGGAAAUACAGGAGCAGGAAAUGAAUAUUUUGAAAGCAUUCUACGUUGAUCUGUUGGUGCCGCUCGAGACUAAUUUAGAGAAAGACACUAAAGUUGUUCAGAGCGAACAGAAGAAGUUUCUCCAGCAACAUAAGACGAGAUCCGAAACUUAUAGCAAGGCUGCUGCAACGAUGAAGAAGCAAAGAAAGAAGACAAGAGGUGCUAGCAAAAGUGGACUUGCCAUGGACAAAGAGCUGAAGAACAUGCAGAUUCUUGAAGAGGAAAAGUCAAAGCUUGACGCCUUCUGUGAACAGAGCUUGAAGAAUGCGAUGACCCAAGAGAGAAGGAGGUACGGCUUCGUUCUGGAGCGACAGUGCUCCUUGGCAAAGCACUACGCGAGUUUUCAUGAAGUGGCUUUGGCUGCUCUUCAUCCCUCUGUUGAUGAGUGGCGUGAAGUGGCAGCCACAAGAGAGUACCUGCCACAGUCUGUUGAGGAUAUGUUCGCAUCGAGAUUAAGGCAAGUGUCCUUCUGGCCAGAUGACGAAGAAAAUGGAGGUUCUGAAUUGACAAUGAACUCUCAGUUGAGAAAGACAAGGAGCAUGGACAGUUCCUGUCUGGAACUUCGAUUGGGACCAACGCCUGUAAACUCUACUUUGAUGCAUCAAAGUGGACCACCCCAUCUACCACCAGCCUUGUCUAGAGCACGAUCAGAAGCGAAUCUUCACGCGUCUUCUCUCUCACUUGGACCAGAGGUUCCGGAAACACCUCCUCGGCCGAGAUCCAUGGCUCCAGCUUCUCGCAAUAGUGCCGGGCUUAUGACUCCAGGAGUAGUAGGUGGAGGAUGGGGCGAUUCUCCGCUAGCCAGGGCACUCUUCGCCUAUCUCAGCUCUGGAGAAAAUCAACUCAGCUUCUUAGAAGGAGAUCUCAUCUCCCUGAUGGGCGAUAGACAGAAAGGUUGGCAGUUUGGAGAAAAUCUGCGUACACAGAGUUCAGGAUGGUUCCCUCUGGCUUACACCGAAGUGAUCAUCGACGAAAAUUUAGGAUUACAUCGAAUUCAACCACUUCACGUCCUGGCGUUUAUUUCAGAGCAAGAUGGCACAGGUUUUAAGUGCCUAUUGGAAACUACGGCCACUGGAAAUGUGCGACCAAUGAUUCGUCCAUCCGGUACUUUGCCGACAGUUUUAGCUGGCGGCCGUAGAGUGCAACCCCCCGUUCCUCCAGUUCCACCUCCUCAAGCCGUUACUUCGCUACACAGCAGUAACGAUAGUGGAUUUUCUAAUGAGCCUCCGGUUCAACCGGAUAUCGACUACAGCGAUGACGAGGCCGUAAGACUGCGACGCAGAAAGCCGCGAGAAGCCGACCGACCCAAAAAGCAACAACAGCAGCCGCCUCAGAGGGACGAAAAGACACCAAGCAGCCAAAAAGACUGGGAGAACGAUUCAUGGAAGUCCAUCCCGAGGGACGAGAAGAGCUGGCAUCUAUAUAGGGCCGCGAUGGACGUUUGGGCCAAUUCUAAUGUUCAGGGCAACGAAAAACCAGAACCUGGAAGAUAUUCUUCUGGAAAGAGCAGACGGCACGAGGCAGAAGAACGUGAGUUUGUCAAUAGAGAAAACGGAUCAGCCAAGAAGGAGAAAAAGGAGAAAUCGCAGAAGCCUGAGACGGAGAAUCGUCGCCCAAAUCCAAACAGUAGAAACACAUUUUCCAGAGAGGAGAAAGUGAGGAGUUUCAACAGCCGUAAUGAUGAGAGAGAAUCGUCUAAAGUUGAGAGCGAUGAUGAGGCGGAGAUCGAGGAAGAUGAGGAGUCAUACGGAACUAUGGAGUACUCUGAAAAGUACGAGAAUAAAAAGUACUACGGAGAGAACAGCGAGGAUAAGAAUUCUCGUCGAGGAUACCGCUCUGAGAGAGAGGAGCCAAAAUACAACGACAAGAGUUCUUUCAGCUCAGCAUCUUCAAACUCUGAUGACGAAAGCACCAUUACAAUUCCAGAGACGGGCCGAAAGGUCGAACACAUUGCGCAAAAAUUAGAGCAAACAGCGCAGAAGUAUGCUAGAGAACAUAGUCCUCCGAAGUUCAUUGAAAGAAGAGGUGACUAUAAAAGUCAGGAACGCAGAGAGGAAAAACAUCAACAGCAACCGCAGAAGAAACAACAGAAUAAUUACGAAAACUUCAGCGAUAGAGAAAGAAGACCUCAAUCUCAGAGAUACGAGAGGGAAUAUUUUGAAAAGUCGGCUACGUUGGGCUACGACAGGGAGAAGAACUCGGAGAAAAAUCCUGAGAGGAAUAGAAACGUUGAGCGGAUAUCAAGUCGUCGAUUUGAAAGACCGAGACCACCAAGUGUAGAAGCUCCCGAGAGACCAACUGAUCAACGGAAUUUUCGGGAACGCCGGUACUCAGAGAAAGAAGAAAUUUACGGAGAGACCGGCAAAUACAUCCGUGAUGCCCCUAUUGAUAAGGACCGAGGUUAUGAAUCAAACUUCGAGACCAAGUUGGAGAGGGAUAAAAUAAUUGAACGUCAUACUAUUCGAGAUGGAAAUAGUCCUUCAAGGCCUGAUAAAAGUACAUUGGAGAGAAACGAUACAAACAAUAAUACUCUGAAUAAUGAGCGAAAACCUCUUCUUCCGAGGCAGAGCACCGCUAUGGGACAUUUGAUUCAAACUGGCAGGGUCUUCGAUAUGGAAGCGAAGAGUCCAAAGCUGGUGAAAAGAACAAAAUCUUUUUGGAGAUUCAGGCGUGAUUCGGAGGUCCUCGAGGGCAUGGCGCUCUGGCAGCACAGGUCUUUAGUCGACAUUCCUCAGAUGAUCAAGAAGGAGGCGAAGGAUGAAAAAAAUGAAACCAAUGAGUCAUCUAGGAAGUCAAGCUAUGAAGGAAGUCCAAAAACUCAUCGUAGUUUGGAAAAAAAGAACAGUGAUUCCACAAUCACCAACGAGAGAUGUGUCAGUGAACCAAAACCUGCUGAAAGAAUGCAUGUUCCUGAGAAAAUUGAUUACUUCGAAGACUUUCCGACUCCAGCUGAAAGGCCCAAAGUUGUAGAGAGAUCUGAGUACCGACCCAGGCAAGAAGAAAGGACCUAUUUUGUUGGUAACGUAUCUCGGAAGGCUAUUCUCGAGAAUGAAAGAAAACGUAGUUUGGAAGCUAAACGACAUUUGAUUGUCACUGAACUGAAAGAAAACAACGAAGCUAAGCGGAACGAGCGAAGGAAGAAGCCUUAUGGGGAUGAUGAUGAUGGACUCAUUCAGAAUUUUACUGAGACGGAAGCUUCGGAUGAAGAGUCAACUUACAGUUGUAUUGUUGUCAAAGAUCAGGUCACAGAGAAAACUCUUCUUCCACGGACCAAACUUAGGAGAGACAGUGACCGAGAGAGGGGUAGGAACAGAGAUAGGGAGAAGAAUACUUGCGGACCAUGGUACGAUUUGUGGGGAGUCGACUCUUCGGUGAACAAGAAAAAGAAGAAAAAGUAAUCACUGGACGAUGCGAUUCCUUUAUUUAAGUUUUUAUGUUUCUUGGCGACUUAUUUUUUGACUCUUUGGCGUUUUAUGUUUCGCUUUAGUUUUUUUCAUGAAUGACAAUCAGCGGAUAGAAUGCUAAUACAGCCGCUGAAUUUAGUUAUCUGUUUGCAAUCCUGUUUAAGAAAAAUAGGAACUUUGGAAGAUUCACAAAUCUCGUGGGUUUAACAAUGUUCCUUGUUAUUAAGCAGGAAGCAAAUUUAGCGGUGCUAUUUGAUUUAGCUAUUCUUUUUUUCUGUGGCGAAUAGCUAUAUUGCUGCCAGAUUACAUUUUGAUGAAAUGCUUCUUCCACAGAUUGCUUCAAAUUGUUCUCGUUUUAAUAAGCUUAGAUAUAAUAGAGAUCCUCAAUUGCUUGCCGCAUGGAAGGAAAAUACUAUAUUGUUUUCCAUAUCAUCUCCCCCAUAAAUUGCAGUUUAGAGUAGACGUGAGGAUUUUUACGAUAGUAACGAACCUGGAGUUUGCUAAAGUAAACUGUGCUUAUGGUUCUGGGACAACACGGAAUGAAAGUACACAUGUGUCCCAGGAUACUGGGCUUCUGUUUACUCGUUUUGUUCCUCGGUCGCGUUCAGCCUUUCUUUUUCGUUUUCGUUUUGUUAGUUCCGCUCGUCUCUUCCGGCGUUAUAACGUUCGUGUACGUGUCGCUUUUCCUUCGUCUUUUCUUUUUGAGUGUGACACACCUCGGGCCAUGCUCAUUUACUAACCUGGGUUUCUUUCAGGAACAACAUGUUUUCGACCAUCAAGCUGCGAAAAACGAAGACCAACGACCGCUCGGCACCUGCUAUAUCUUGAAACAAGUCUCUGAUCUAGAAAACUCUUUUCAGGCUAAAAAAUAACACCAAACCCCUUUGCCCAUUCAUAUCUAGAUAGUGACAUUUGAGAACUAGAAGAUUCCAUUAUAUUUAAAACCUCGCGAUUUUUAAUUUCGACAGAAAGAGUAUUUGUAAGUAAUCUUUUUCGAACUUUAUAAUCAAAAGAUGAAUCGUUUGGCGUACUUUUGUAAGGACCAGAAUCGACAACAACGCAAAUGUUAGAACUAAUCUCGGAAAUAGGAUCGGGUCAAUCUCUCUCCUUUAAGAAAAAAAGCUUCCACAAACACGAAUCGAAGUCGAACAAUAUCGUAAUUCCUUUCUUAAGUCUAUUCUCGAUCCGUCCAAGGAAAUGUAAUUUCAGGAAAUCGUCCAGUCUUGGUUACAUGUAGUGUUGCCAAUCCAUCAGUUAGAUUGUGGCACGUCUCGGCACGUGUCGAGCAAAGUCACCUCUUGCCAGAGAGCUUUUGAGUCGAACCGCCCAUCCCUAGGACCCAAGAAAAUGAAACUUUCAUCUCAAGGCAGUAAAACGUCUUUACGCUCGUAGUCGUGGCCCCCUCGCGAGGGGCUCGUAAAAUUUCAACUCUUUUUCAGACUUGUACCUUCUCGCGAACUACGUCCAUAGCUUCUUCGGAGAUCCUAUGGCCGUUCUACGACCAAAGUAUCUUCCCGUCCUGCGAGAAUGCACGUCGAAGAAAAUAUACUAUCACUUUCCGGGCGACCGUAAACCGUAAGUGUGGGGAAAGUUGCGUUCGGUUCGAUCAUUUUCCGAACGUGUUUUGCUCUCUCCGUCGACCUUCAUCGUUUUCCCUCGAGAGUUGACCUUCGUUGUCGCCAGAGAGACUGAACAUUUCAAUAUGAGAAAAAGGAAUAUGUCGACGGGAUCUUCCGCCCAAGGAAGUCUUUUAUUCAGUUUAAAAAGUUUUAUUCCAAUAUGAGCAAAUCAUUUGGGUUUGCUGAAGGAACGAGCAGUGUUUGGAAUCAUUUAUUUUUAAGUAUUGUAAAUAUCAAUUCAGUAGUGUAAGGAUGUUCUCUACGUAUACUUCUUUUCAAAUUUGAGUAAUUUUUGAAAUAUACUCAAAAAAAUAUUUUAAGUUAAAGUUGUGGAUUUCAUUAAUUCUUAGAAAUUUUUUGGUAAAUUUUGAGAUUGACUGUACGUAGAGCACAUCCUUAAAUUCCCUUGGAAGUCGAUUCUAAAAUGAACCCAGGCUCUUUUGGAGAAAACUUUCCUCGCAUAGGAUGCAGAAUCUUUUCAUAAUUAAAAAAUACGGUUUAGCUAUGACUAAACUCAAGUCCCAGAAUCUGUUUUAUGAAAUAUAAAAUUGAUAACUGGUUGACUAAAAUGAACUUAGAUUAAACAGGGUGUCUACUAAUUGUCACCCACGAAAUUCUCGGUUUUUUAGCGGUUGGAAAUAACAAAUCUUUUCUUAUGAGGAGCACGAAUAAAAUGCAUUUAAUAUGAGGUUUUUCUGUAUUGUGAGAUAUUAUUAUACUUGAACAAAAUAAAAUGUUUUUAAAAACUCUUAUAUAUUUUUAGCGAAUAAUUAGUUAUUAAUUAUUCAAGAGUAAUUACAAAAAAACUAUUUUUAAACUUUUAUCAUGAUGUUUUAGUCAUGCUUACAUCUGUUUAUAGCAUAGUUAUUGUAAAACUUAUUUAGUAUUAAGAUGAAUAAUUUUUAUAAUAGAUUUUAGCAAUAAGCCUACAAUAAUUAAUUACUAA